UGACGCAUCCGUCCUACGGAUUCCGUCGCCUAGCAGUUUUCACAUUUUUCAUUCCUGUUGGAAGAUUUAUUUAUUUGUUGGUAUUUUUAACAAUGUUAUCAAAGUUCUGUCAAAAUCGUGAAGGAUAAACUGUCGAUGUUCAUUUAAACAGAAAUAGGUUAUAACCAGUGACUAAAUAUUUCAAGUGCAUUUACUCCCAAACCUAAAAAUGACCUCAGCGUUGUAUUUGGAGCAUUAUUUAGACAGUUUAGAGCACUUGCCCAUAGAAUUACAAAGGAACUUCACGUUGAUGAGAGAUUUAGACGCCAGAGCUCAAACCUUAAUGAAAGAUAUUGACAAAUUAGCAGAUGAUUAUCUAAAAAGUGUAAAAAAGGAACCCGGCGAUAAAGAUAAAGAUCAGCUUCAAACGAUACAGAGUAUGUUUAACCAGGCGAAAGCCUACGGAGAUGACAAAGUUCAACUCGCUAUCCAAACCUACGAAUUAGUGGACAAACACAUUCGGAGAUUGGACUCGGAUUUAGCGAGGUUCGAAGCUGAAAUUCAGGAUAAGGCCUUGAGCAGUAGCAGAGCUCAGGAAGAAAGUACAGGGAGUAAAAAGGGUCGAAAGAAACUCAAAGAGAAAGAAAAAAGAAAGAAGGGAACUGCAAACGCGAGCAGCGAAGACGAAGUUAAGAAUGCCCGGAAAAAACAAAAGAAAGUUACUUCGACUGGAGCUGUUGGCAGUGGAGCACAAGCUGAUGCUGCAUCGCUUGGACAUCCAGCUGACGUUUUGGACAUGCCCGUGGAUCCAAACGAACCAACUUACUGCUUGUGUCAUCAAGUUUCAUACGGAGAAAUGAUUGGUUGUGAUAAUCCAGAUUGCCCCAUUGAAUGGUUCCAUUUCACCUGUGUUGGUCUAACCACGAAACCAAAAGGAAAAUGGUACUGUCCGAAGUGCAAUCAAGAUCGAAAGAAGAAAUAAGCCUGCGAAUUUUAAUCGUAAAACCCUAGACAAAUUUUUUAAAAUAAAUAAUGAACAAAAAAACUGUAUUUUGCACAGAAAUUUCGUAAUUUUGCAGAAAAUGUUUCGUAUUUAAUCCUACGAAAUCGUACUACGUUUAAUGAAAAUGUCGAAAGUCCUUAAUUUAUCGGACAAAAUUGCAAUUGUGAUGUAGUGCGUUGUGCAGGUAUUGUGACCUCUAGACUGUGAGAAUCGGCCAGUAUUUCUGCGGUUUCUUUUUUUUUUAAUGCCUUGUAAGCGAAUGUAGUAAUUUAUUGAUUUUCCCUGAAUGUGUAACAAGUGUCCUGUACCUUUCACAAAAUUUCGUGGCCGUUUUUAUUACACGUCUGUGAUUCUCUUGUUUUUAGUUUGUGCAAAAUAUAAGCCAGUUUUAAAAUUGGCACUAAACUACUGGUUCUAGGUAUUAAGAAUUAUUGUAACUAAUUACUGUUUUUAUAUUUUAUGAAUGAAUAUUAACAUAAGAUGGAUAAUAUUAUAAAUAUAUUUGAUUCAUAGGAAAAA